CGAUUGUCAAAAUUUAUUGAUCUUGUUUUUAAUUGUCAGCAUUUUUUAACGGGCAGUGGACUGUGGAAAAUUCUCAUUUAGUGCACAAAAAGGGAAAUUAUAUUUCAUAUUUAUUAGGCAAAAAUUAGAAAAUUGGUAAUGGCUUGUAAUGCUAACAGAGUUCCUUUUCUGCGCGUGAUCGCUAGGCGUGGUUUUGCGGCUGCGGCCAACCCCAGGCCUUUGGGACAACCCGCCCAAGUGCAAACCAAGGUACUCGAAAACAAAGUUGUAGUGGCUUCUGCAGAAAGUCAACUGCCCAUUUGCCGCGUAUCGAUUACUUUUCGUGCCGGUGCACGCUUUGAAAAUUAUGAGAGUUUGGGUGCGUCUCAUAUGUUGCGGAUUGCUGGAUCUUUGUCCAGCCAAAAUGCUACUGCCUUUGCCCUGACACGCAAUUUGCAGCAAAAGGGUGUAAGUUUGUCGGUUACUUCCGAUCGUGAGGUCGUAUCCUACACAGUAGAAAGUACGCUUGACAACGUAGAAUGCGGCUUACAUUAUUUGCAAGAAGUCGUACAACCUGCUUUUAAACCUUGGGAAUUAUCCGACGCAGUUCCCUGGAUUAAGACACAAGUAGCUGCCGUACCACCACAGGUACGUGCUGUCGAGCUUGCACAUAAAUCUGCUUUCCGUCAUGGCCUAGGCAACUCUGUGUAUAUACCCAAAUUCCAUAUUGGCAGCCUCUCUAGUGAAACUUUAUUACACUAUGUAGCCAAUAAUUGUACUGCCAGUCGUUGCGCUGUGGUAGGUCUUGGAGUUGAGCAUGACGCUUUAGUGGGCUUUGCGCGAUCUUUACCAUUGAAGAGUGGUGAUGGUAAAUCGGAUUCUUCUACUUAUCAUGGCGGUGAUGCCCGCAAAGACACACCAGGUAAUUACACUCAUGUGGCUGUUGCUGGUCAAGGUGCCGGCCUAAGCAAUCAAAAGGAGGCUUUAGCCUUCUCUGUCCUUCAGUAUGCUAUGGGUGCUGGUGCUGUCACUAAACGUGGCAAUGUUAAUGGAGCCAUGGGCCAAGCUGUGCACGCGGCUGUGGGUGAAGGCAAUUUUGCUUUUGCUGCCUUGAAUGCCAGUUACCUUGAUGCUGGACUCUUCGGCUUCGUGGUGUCAGCCGAUGCGCAAAAAGUAGGCAAAGCAAUUACUGCCGCUACCAAAGUUCUAAAGUCCGGCUCUGUUAGUGAAAACGACGUUAGUCGUGGCAAAGCUUUGCUAAAACUUGCUGUUCUGGAAGCCUACGGCACCGACAAGGACGCUUUAACCGAAAUGGGCGUUCAGGCUUGUCUCACCAAACAAGUGCAAAGCGCCGAUGCCCUUGUUUCAGCCAUUGAUAGCGUAUCAGCACAAGAUGUUCAAGCUGCUGCCAAAAAGGCCGGUUCCUCUAACUUAUCUGUAGGUGCUGUAGGUAAUUUGUCACACGUCCCUUAUGCAUCUGAAUUGGUUUAAAUGCACUUGUCUUGUAAUUUAUAUUUAGUUUUUAAUUGUUAUGUAAUCAACACGAUAAACAAGAAAUUCAAGUUUUCUUAAAAACACUUAAAAUGAAAACAGAGCGAGAAAAAUUCUAUAGACCAUCGUAAACGAUAUAACAAAAUUAAAAAUAAAAAAAUUAAUUAAUCUACA